UUUGGGUGAACUAACCCUUUAAUCUUUCUCUCCCUCAGUUCAAACAGCAAUAUUAAUGGUUGGUAGAUUAACAAUAACAAAAAACACCACAAGUACCGCAGUACUAUACCAUGACGAUUGGAUGUGGUACCAAUCCAGACAAGUCACUGACAUCACUACCACACUACUUUUUGUCCGGAAAAACAACGAGGUUUUCUCUCACUUUUGGUUUCUACAUUAUCCUGUUCACACAAAGAAAGUAGAUUUGGUUAAAAUUUCAUUAAAUGUCAUCGCGCCGUGUCUUUCUAUACCUGUUCUUCGACGCUCGCAUCUCAAUCUUUCUCUCCCUCAGUUCAGCGCGCGGGAACUUUCUUCCCGCCUCCAGCACGCGCGUCUCCCCACCGCUCGGCCCCGCCCUCCUCCGAACUACAUCAGCUGACCCGAACUUUUCUCACCCCAUCAGAAGACACGGAUCAACCUAUACAAACUCCUCUGCGGGGCUGGAACGCUGUCCAUUCCGGGUCCGGUCCACGGUCUGAUGCUGCUGUCCUGUCCUGUGCUGGGGGUCUCCGGUGAGCGAGUAAACAGGCGCAUCAGUGAUGUAAUUUGGAUCCAAGACUAGCUGCAGUAUGUUGGUGAAUUCUGUCUGAAAUCUGUGAAGUGCUGAAGGAUGAUGCCUUGGACGGGCGGUGCUCUACUCUUCCUCCUUUUGGAUGUGGUCGGAACUGCAGUGUCCAGCAGAGAGCUGCAGUGCUCCAUGUGGCCUGUGGAGGCGCUGCAUCCAGUGCAGGCUCAGCUGGAGCGCUUUGAGGCAGGAACAGGCUGUGCGGCCAGAGAGGGUGGAGCUAAAGAGACCCAUGUGAUUUCUGUGGGCAAAGCCUCCAACAAACAGGUAACGGUGGUGUUGAGGCCUUUGAUCGUUUCUCGGCCCAUCGACCGGGCGGUGAUUUUGGUGCUGAGCUCCCAGCAUGCUGUGCAUUGGGUGCUGGAAAACGAGGGACUGUCACACAACAUCAAUGUGCUGGUGCAGGUGUCUCUCAACUGCACGGCCGAGUCUUCAAGCUUGUCCAUCCGUGUGACGCAGGUUCCGUCUCUGCCACGGCGGCCGCGAGUCCUGCUGCGCUGGAUCCUCCAGCGCCACGCCACCAUCUCGUCCCUUACGCACACUGUACGUGCAAACCGUGUUUACCUCCGCCUUGGAGAGGAUCCCAGCAUGCCGAGCGAGUGCCGCCUGCGGUCCCCGUUUCUGUCUCAGAACUAUCUGGCCUCAGAGCUGCAGGAGCAGGAGGUUCAUGUUUGCGUCUCGUCAGACCAGCCCAUGGAGAUGGAGGUCCACAUCAUCCGCCUCUGGUCCUCAGGAUCCAGCCUGUGUGGCUCUCUGCAGGUGGAGGUCUCUGUCUCUCUACUGCCUCCAGUGGCUCGUUCAGGGUAUCACAGGAUUGUUCUAAUCUUCAGCAGUGCGGUUCCAGUCAACUGGGCUCUGGUGGCUCCAGAGGUCAAAGGUCACAUCAGGGUUUAUUCGUCCAACAGCGUGAGUCUGCCGUACCGAACUCAAGCCCCCGACCUCAGCAUGAUCAGCACUGUGACCUCUGACCUCCUCAGCACCCCUGACCUUCUAGAAUGGGCCAAUCAGAACGGCUUUCCCAAAGUGACCUCGUACACCGAGGCUGACCUGGCAAAUCGCUUUGUCAUCAAGUUAAGGGAAGGUGGAAAAGGAGGGUCAGACGCUGAACUGAGGUCUUCAGACGGGUGGCAGGAAGUCAUCAUGACAGACAGAAGCAGUGCGGCGCUCAGCUACCACUGUGAGGGCGGAGCUCUUACUGUUACCGUGGAUACACAGAUGCUACAGAUUUUUCCAGUGUCAGCAGUGACCCUGCGAGAUCACAACUGCCGGGGUGAAUUUAAUGGAAGCCAUUUCCUGUUGGUUUUCCCAGUAAUUUCCUGUGGGACGGAGGGAGAAAUGGAUGAAGUGAACGGAAGAGUUCAUUACACAAAUACAGUGUUCCUGUGGAAACGGAAACCAUUCGAGGGUUUGAACAAUGAGACAGAUGGGGAGAUGUUGAAUGAGACAAGUCCGUUGGCCAUUCAUAUCAGCUGUGAAUCGUCUCUGAUCACUCCUGUGAGUCCAUCAGACGUGACUCCGUCCUCCAGGCCUGAGGAGGCGCUGCAUUUCAGUCCCUGGGUGCCGAGAGGCCGCACCGCUCCAGUCCUAUCCAUGGAGCUGUUUGUCACCGAGACCUACGAGAAGAGAGCCGUGGGGCCGUGCGUAAUCACAGCGUACGACCGUGUCUAUGUGCAGAUCUCAGUGGGUUCUGGUGUUGCAGAGGCUGUGGAGCUCCAGUCGUGUCUGGUCUCUCCUCUCUCAGAUCCGCAGGCACACAGCGGCUGGUCCAUCAUCAGAGACUCCUGCCCGUCCGACCCGUCCUUCAAGCUGAGCCACACAGAAACCCGGGAAUCCACAGACAGCACAGGACAUGAUGAUGACGAGGAAGACGAGAAGACAGACAGAAAAGACAACAGAAGACCACUACAGCCACGCUCUCGCUGGAGACAGACGGCGAGCCACACUGGAGAUGAGAAAGUGAGACGAAAUAAAGACAAGAGACCCAGCAGACUCAGAGCGAGGAAACCUGAGGAACGCAGACGGAAGAGACGGGAGGACGAACGUGAGAGCACAAACACGUUGAGGUUCAGUUUCGUCCUGCGGCCCAUCUUCAAUAACUCCAUCCAGUUCCUGCACUGCCGGCUGCGGCUGUGCGCGUCAGAUGAGGGGCCCUCAGGGGCCACCGCUCGGAUCUGCGCAGACGGGCCUCAGAUACCUGCUCUCUCACACACAACUGCUUCUCAACAGUGUGAGUACAGAAAUCUGUCUCGGCCUGUGUUGGUCACGUAUCCCGCUGGGUUUCUGGCUCCCCCUGCUGGUAAACUAGCUCAAAAGCCCGCUGAGAUGUCGAAACAGACUCCUGCACACAGCGUACUGCCAUUCAGAAGCUACAGAAGAUGCUUACAUGUUUCCCAGAAGACAAAAUAAGUAAAAUUUACCCUGAUCUUCAAAUUAAAAAAGUUUUGACACCCCGGCUCUUACUGCAUCGCAUUUCCUUCUGGAGCAUCAGUAAAAGUUUGAAUCUUCUGUAAUAGUUGCAUAUGAGUCCAUCAGUUGUCCUCAGUGUGAUAAGAUGGAUCUCAAAAUCAUGCAGUCAUUGUCGGAAAGGGUUCAAAUAAACACACACACACACACACACACACACACACAAAAAAAAAAAACA